AUGCCGACCAUGACUCUCUGCUCUCUGGCCUGGGUCCUCGUCUUGACCCUAACCCUCGCCAGUCAGCCUGUGUGGCUACAGAAACCCCCCAAACGCAAGACGCCUGCCCAACUCAAGGCUGUUGCCUGCUGUGAGGAAACCAGGGAACUCAAGGCCCAGAUGGCCAACUUGACAAGUCUGCUGGGGGUGCUGAGCAAGAAGCAGGAGAGCGACUGGGUCAAUGUGGUCAUGCAGGUGAUGGAGCUGGAGAGCCACACCAAGCAGAUGGCCACCCGCCUCACCGAGGCCGAGAGCAAGUUCUCCCAGCUGAACAAUCAGAUUGACAUGAUGCAGCUGCAGGCAGCCCAGACUGUCACGCAGACCUCGGCAGACGCUGUCUACGACUGCUCCUCACUCUACCAGAAGAAUUACCGCAUCUCUGGGGUGUAUAAGCUGCCAGCUGACGAGUUCCUGGGAAGCCCUGAACUUGAGGUUUUCUGCGACAUGACAACUGCAGGUGGGGGCUGGACCAUCAUCCAGAGACGGAAGAGUGGUCUCGUCUCUUUCCACCGUGACUGGAAGCAAUACAAACUGGGCUUUGGCAACAUUCGUGGGGAUUUCUGGCUAGGGAAUGAGAACAUCUACCGCUUGUCCAGGCGCCCAACCACCCUGCGGAUUGAGAUGGAGGACUGGGAGGGUGACAUACGCUUUGCUGAGUAUAGCCACUUCACCUUGAGCAAUGAGUUGAACAGUUAUAGAAUCUUUGUGGGGAACUACAGCGGCAAUGCCGGGCGUGACGCCCUCCUGUAUCACAACAACACAGCCUUCAGCACCAAGGACAAGGACAAUGAUAAGUGCUUGGACAACUGUGUCCAACUCAGAAAAGGUGGAUACUGGUAUAAUUGCUGCACAGACUCCAACCUUAAUGGGAUUUAUUAUCGCCAUGGUGAGCAUAAUAAGCAUAUGGAUGGCAUCACCUGGUACGGCUGGCACGGCUCUAGCUACUCCCUCAGGAAGGUGGAGAUGAAGAUCCGCCCUGAAGACUUUGUACCCUAAAUAGCAGCUUGCACUACAAGAGGGGUGCAGAAUCCUAGGAGACAAAGGCUGGGGGUGGGCAAUGAGGUAGUGUGGUAGGGGUAGGGAGGGGAAAUCAAAGGGAAUCAAGCACCAAUGAAAUC